AUGGUCACUCUCGUCACCCAGCGCUCCGGCAAGGCCAUCCUGAUCAAGGCCGUCUCCAGCAGCUGCGACGAGGGCUCGCUGGCAAAUGCGGUGUCUGGCGGGCUGCCCGGGGGCGUCACCUCGCCGGGGGCCCGCAGCGCGAUGCGCGUACACGGGGACCACGACGACCCCACGAACAUCUUCCCGAUGCCGCGCUACCCGCCGGCGCACACGUCUGCAACAUUUGAGGCCGUGGCCGCGCGCAAGAGCCUGAUCCUCACACCCCCUGAGAUCUACGCAGAGUGCGCCCACCACGGCGAGGAGAAGGCCAAGUUUGGGUGGCUCAAGCUGCUCACGCUCUGCACCAUCGCCGGCUGCUACGUCGGCUUUGGCUUCACGCUGUGCCUCAUGGUGGGCGGCAACAUCGGCGCCGACAUCCUUGCGGCUCGGCCAGGGCUGUUCAGCCUCGUCUACGGCGCCGUCGGAUUCCCCGCCGCCUUCACCAUGAUCGUGAUCUGUGGCGCCGAGCUGUUCACCUCGAUGUGCGCCUACAUGACCGCCGCCUGGUGGGAGGGCAAGGUCACCUUUCUGACCUGCGUGAGGAUGUGGGUCGUGUCGUGGGUCGGCAACUUUGCCGGCUGCGCCAUCUUCAUCGGCCUCAUCGUAUCGACCCAGAUAUUUGAGGGGCGGGACUGGUACGCGCUGCUCAUGGCCACCAAGAAGGUCCACCACGGCUUUGGCAACACCCUGGUGCGCGGCAUCUUUGCCAACUGGCUGGUGGGCAUCGCCACGUGGCAGGCCAACGCGGCGCAGGACCUCUCUGGCAAGGCCAUCGCCAUCUGGCUGCCCAUCUCCGCCUUUGCCAUGCUGGGCUGGGAGCACUCCAUCGCAAACCAGUACCUGCUGCCGCUGUCGAUAGCCCUGGAGCCCGGCCACCUCAGCGCCUACCAGGUCGUGGUGGGCAACCUCAUCCCCGCCACCAUAGGAAACUGGAUCGGCGGCGCCGUCUGCGUCGCCACCGUCUACGCGCUGGCCUACGGCCGUCCCAACCUCGUCAUCACGCAGCGCGCGGAGCAGCUCAGGGCGGCGUGGGCGGGGCGCUGGGCCGACCGGCGGCGCCGCGGGCUGCCUGCAUGA